CGUGCUAUCCGCUUCACUCUCGAAGUCCAACGCCGCAAAAAUCUGACCAUGGUUCUCCUCGCCGCCGCCGCCGCCGUCGGCCCAUUCAAAACCCUAAACCCUACCUUGCACCCGAGCUCCGGCCGCCGCCUCCGCCUGCCGCUGGCGCUGCCCCUUCCGCGCGGCGGCCGCGUUCCCCCCCGGUUCUCCGCGGAGUACCGCGAGGCCGCCGCCCCUCGGCCGGCGACGGCGACGACGCCGCGGCCGACGGAGGUCCCGUGGAGCAGGGAGCUUUGCAACUCCGUCCGUCUCAUCGGGACGGUGGGCACCGACGUGGAGCUGCGGCAGCUGCCCAGCGGCGGCGCCGUCGCUCGGGGCCGCCUCGCCGUCUGGAAGUCGGCCACCGAGACCACUUGGGUAACUCUAGCAUUCUGGGAUGACCUAGCUGUUGUGGCAUCUGAGCAUGUGAAGAAGGGUGACCGAAUAUUUGUUUCUGGACGUCUCGUGUCGGAUACUGUUGAUGAGGGUCCUGAGAAACGGCAGGUUUAUUACAAGGUUGUGGUUCAACAGUUAAAUUUCAUUGAGUCCUUCCAGCAAGUGCAGUUAUAUGAGCCAGAGGCAGGUCAGGAUACCUUAGGUGGAAAGCAUGGAAAUUAUGUUGGUUCUACCUCUGACUCGACUGAUGGUAAAAGUAGGGACCAUGUUAACUCAUCCCGUUCAACUGAACAGUUGUGGCAAGCCUUCUUUGCUAAUCCCCUUGAUUGGUGGGAUAACAGGACAAAUAAGAAGAACCCGAGGUAUCCAGACUUCAAGCAUAAGCACACUGGCGAAGCAUUGUGGGUUGAUGGGAGGAACAACCCCAAUUGGGUUAUUUCGCAGUUAGCAAUUUUGGACUCCAGAAUGGGUUCUCGUCAAGACGGCGAGAGAAAACCAGUUGCCUUUAUGUAUGCUGAUGACUUCAUGACACCUAACACUAACACUGAAGCCCAUCUGUGAAAGGAAACCUUCCAGUUCACCGAUUAUCAUGACCACUAUGUAUUGGACAGAAAAUGUACUACUGCGCUAGUUGACCUACGCUCCAAUUUUGCUGUACAUAGGUAGACUCUGGAAGCUUGCCAUAGAGUAUGGCCAUCUGUUGUAGUCAGUAGUAAUGACAAAUGCAGAUGGACUAAAGAAUCGGUUGGGCUUCCCUUAAUUGUCUGAGAAACGGUACAUCUGUUGGUGUGUGUGCAUCAGCUGAGCCUCUACUGACAAGUGACAUGUAUUGACAUGCUCCUUGGCUUCUUAGACGGUGCAACAAUGCUAUCAUCGUAUCUGCUGUGAGUUGUGACCUGUAAAGAACUAUGAUCUCUCAUGUUCCACAAUAUCAGAGUGCUCUCAUGUUUCCCUAAGAUGAAACCAUAUAUCCAGCUACAGCAGG